AUGUUGGAUGAGAUACUUUCAGUUUCAAUUAAAGAAAUUGCGAGCAACUGUUCGUUAGGAUGCACACCAACAGAAUUAUGGGAAUAUAUAAAUGGUUUUGGGUUAUCAAACGGCAGAAAGUUAAUAUUAAAUGAUUAUAUGAAAGGUUAUAUCCAUAGACUAUUACUAAAUCAAACCAAUAUAUCACUAUUACCCAACCCAAACUUUAAAGCCAAUACACCUCAACAAGAUGAAAAAAAAGAGAUAGUAAAUAAUAAUAGCAAUAACAAUUAUAACAAUAAUAAUAAUAAUAACAAUGAUAACAGUAAUAAUAGGGAGGCACCAAUUCCAACACUACCACUACCACUUCAAAAAACAAGUCCUGCAGCAAGCGAUGAUGAAAAAGAGAAAAUUGAAGAAAAAAUGGUAUCAAUUAAAAAUGAAGAAGAAAAAGAAGAAAUUAUACAAACUCAACCAAGAUCAGAAGAUAAUAAAGUCAUUGUACAUAAAAACAAACCAGUUAGGACAAGUAUUUUUACAUGGAAAAGAGAAUCAACCUUAGCUAAAAGUGACAUUUCCACAAAUUUAAAUAAAGACUAUUGGCUAGAGCCAUCAGAUGCAUUUAUCUAUAUUGCAGAUAAAUACAAUCAAAUGGUUGCACUUGGUAUUACAGAAGAACAUAGAAUAACACCUUUUCAAUUUAAAUUACUGGAGCAGGUUUCAAAAUCAAGAAUACAAGGUGCUUUAGUUAGGGACUUAUCAAACUUAUUUAACAUUGACCCAAGAAAUAUUUUUACACCAAUCAAAGAUUUAAUUUUAAAGGGAAUUAUAAUAAAAGAAGAGGUAAUGAGUACACGCUUAAGCUCCCGUGUUUCAACUGGAAGAAUAUAUUUACAAAAAUAUAACCAAAGAAGUUUUAAUCCGGUCAAAGAAAAUUGGGUCCCAAAAUAUUGGCAAAAAGCUGCAUUUUGUUAUUUUUUAGAUAUUGAACCAGGUAAAGCUAUGCCCCAAGCAAAAUUAAUGGCUAAAGUUGGUUCUGCUGCCUCAACAUUCAAGAAAAUUAGAAGAAUUCUUUUUCAUAAUGGAUAUACUUCAGAAUCUGAAGAAAAAGGUAAAGAAACCAUUAUUAAACUAGAGAAGCCACUUGAUGAAACAUUUUGGAAUUUUAUAAAAAGUGAUCCAGAUGAAGGCGCUAAUAAUGAUGAAGAUAAUGAAAAUGAAGAAGAUAAUGACGAUGACAAAAAAUCUAAAACCACAACACCAACAUCUGACCAAAAUGAGAAUGAAGAAGAUGACAUGUCCGGUCAAUCUUCGAAUUUAGUUAUGGAGCUACCAAUCGACCAACAAAUUUUUAAUUUUAUUAAGGAGUCUGGUAAAAAUGGUAUCACACAAAAAGAAAUUUUCAGCAAAUCCGGUAAUAUUUCUUCUAAGAAUAUUUCGACAAUUAUAAGAAAACUUAUUAUAUCGUUCAAUGUAAAGAUUCUUCCUGUUUCUGUUGGUAAACAAUUUCAAUAUAGAAUUUAUGCAGAUCCCAAAGACCACAUUCAUCAAACUUCUGUUGAAGAUUCAAAUGCCAUAAUACCAUAUAUCCAAGAGUAUGGGAACUCAUUAGUCUUAGCCCAACCAGAAUUAGAGAAUGACAAAAGAAAGAUACCUAGAACUUUAAUGUAUCUCAAGCGUAAGAAAGAAGUGCAUAAAUUUAUCCAAGACUCUGUUGGUGUUCUAUCAUUCCAAAUUAUUCUUCAUAUGCGUCAAAUCAACGAUACAAAAUUCGAACAAAAAACAUUAUCUCGAGUUUUAGAAGAUUUACUCAAAGAAAACAAAGUUUCCAUAACAACAAUUCAUACCCAGUACUAUUGUGGCGCCAAUAAAAAUUUAACUUUUUUAUAUGAUUCCAUUUUUAAAAUUACAGACCCAGAAGUUCAAGAAAUAAUUGAAUCAAUUAAAUCAAUUCAAACUGAACCUGAAAAUGGCCUAACACCUCGUUCAAAAGUUUUAGAUGAAGAAGAUGAAGAAGAUUUUAAAAACUCUGAUACCAACCUACAUCCGAUAGUCAAACCAAGUAGAAAACAAUAUAAUCCAAUUUCAUUAAAGUAUGGUUUUGUCAAAGGUAGCAUCGUUAGAGCCAAAUUACUCCAUAUAUUUUUAUGGAACUUUUCAAAUAGAAAUAAAACCCAACAUUCACAAUCACCUCAAACUUCUGAGGACCAAAAUAAUGCUACCGAAAGACAACUAACAAUACAAAAACCAAAAGAAUUGGCUGAAAAAACCAAAAUCAUUUUAAAUUAUUUUAUUAAAACAUUACCAAUUUCCGAUUACUUAAAGAUCAUCUCACAGGCAACACCAAUUAAAAAUCUUUCACACUACAUCAAACAAGAGACACCAAUUAUUAACUUACCAAUCGAAAUUAAGAACCAACUUUUCCAAAGAAGAACCUUUAUAAAUAGAAUAGGAAAACUUAUGGCCAUUUUAAGACAAUUGGAUUUAAUGGAAAUCUCACAUAACCCCAACAAAGUAGCAGACUAUAGCUUUUUAAGAUACGCAGGACUAAAGAAUGAGUUGAGCGAAGUAAAACUAUAUGAUUUCGAAUCACUAGAAAGUGUACAUAACUACUGGACCGACCUUCAAUUUCUUUCACUACUACCACGUGAACCACAUAAUAAAGAACCACCUGCUGACUUUAUUUUAGACCGUAUGAAAUUUUUAAAGAACAUUGUGCUUUGGGGUGUACCAAGAAUACCACUAACUCAAGAUAUCAAAGUUAAACUUGUGUCUCGUUUUAGAUAUUUAGAGGAGAAAGAAGAAAAAAUCCUCGAAAGAGAUGAACUAAGACAAAUUGCAACUCAUUACCAUGUAAGCUAUACAAAACUAUGUUUAUUCUAUAAAAGAUAUUUAAAAAAGAGAGAUGAACCCGAAGGCAUCUCAUCUGUAACAAAAACUAGAUCAAGAAAACCCAAAGAUGUCGUUGCAGCCAUCGAAGAAGAAGAGGAAAAUGAUGACGAUGAUGAUGAUGACUAUGGUAUUGAUGAUGAUAACUUUGGUAAUGAAGGUGCAUAUAGUGACGUCUUUAAACAAAAACGUGUUAAAAUUUCAACCAAUAGGGUUAAUCGUCAAUCAUCAGUCAACAAGAUUGCAUAUGAAAAGAGACAAGAAUUUAAAACCAUCAUUGCACCAUAUAGACGUUUCAAAUGGACUGCUCUUGAAGACUCUCAACUCUUAAAAAAGUAUACCGAGGUAUUUAGAGACUUUUUCAAUAAUAUACCAGAGGGUGUAAAAAACAAUGCAAACAAUGAAUACUAUAUUACUCCAUCGGGUAUACCAUCCAUGUUGAAUCCACUUUGGGAUAAAUUAGGUGAAGAAAUUCAAAAGAUUGGUCAACUUUGCUAUAGAAGAAUGCGUUUAUUGGUAAAGAAAUAUCCAAGUUACAAAAAUUUUCACAAGAGCAACUCUACCCCCGAUUUACCACUUAGCAUUAAAGAAUUCAACGCACUAUUCACCAUUCAAUAUAAUAAGAGUGAAAAUUUAGAACUAUUCGAAUUCUCCAGAUUCAAUAAAACUGAUGAAGCCAUAAUGAGAGAUAAGCUCAUCUUUUUAAUUAGCAUUCCAGAGCAAGAGUACAGCUUCAACUAUGGUGUAAAAAUCCUUGGUUCAAAUAAAAUUCUUAGUCGUCAAGUUUUAGAUUCACUUUAUAAUGAUAGAAUUUUAAAAUCAUUAAAAUCAAGAAAUGCAAAUCGUUCAAUUACCUUUUGUGUACAAAAGAUUUAUUUCAAAAACAACUGCUUAAAUGAUGACUUCUUCCAAGAGAAUAGAACAUUUAUGACAAAUAUUAAAGAAAUCCCAUUAUAUAAAUUAGAUGAUAAUGAACUUUUUCAAUACGAUCCAUUAACAAGUGGUGGUUCAGUUUCAUCAAUGCUUAACCUACUAAGCAACAACAAAGUGUUACCAAUUGUUGGUGUCAAAGAUUCAUUCGAAAAAGAAAAACCUCCAAAAUCAAGAGAUUUCAGUGGUGGCAGAAGAUUAGAUUUAAUGUUAAAUAAAAUUAAUGUAGCCUAUUUAAUUAGGGAAUAUAUCAACUACUCCUAUAUUGAAAAUGAAAGAAAAAGAGCAAUUAACCCAGAUGUAAUUUUACCAAAUGAUCCAUUAGAAUCAGAAAAAAAGAAAUUUAAUAAAAUUUUUGAAAUUGGAGAUGAUGAUCAAGAAAUGAAAGAACAAGAAAAAGAAAAGGAACAAAAAGAUCAAAGAUCAUCAAAGAGAUUAAAAGCAUCAAAUGAUAAUAAUAAAUCCAAAAAUUAUCAGUCUGUUAUUGACAAAUAUAAUAAUAGGUUUUUAAUUGAAGACUUUAAAAUUUUAUUUAUCGAUAAAUUAGUUAAAAUGGAUGCAGUCGGUACUGAAAAAACAAAUGAUUAUAUCGCAAACUUUGUAUUGGCUACCCAAGAAGUAUUUAGAAUUAUUCAUUCCAAUAAAACCAAAGGUGUAAAAAGAAUUAAUAUUAUCAAUCACUUUUUAAACAAUAUUAACAAUUCAAACGAAAUUAUUCAGCAUCUAAUAAUCGAAGAACCUGCACCAGAAAUCGAAUUUACUCAAUACCUUUAUGAGAAACUACCAUCAUUUAUUUUAGAAUUAAAAUCAAUUGGUCUCAUCGAUACACUAUUUACAUUCUCUGAAAAAAAAUAUGUUUCUAAACAAUUUUUCAUAGACUCACUACUACCAAUAGACUACACUUUACAAUUAGAGUACCAACAAAAGCUAAAACACGAACAAAAGUAUGGUGUUCCAGAGGGUAAAGAACCAUUACCACAGAAAUUCGAACCUCCAUUAAAUUAUCGUGAUAAAAGACUAAUCAAACCUUGGCUCGAACCAAAUGGCUCAAUCAACAGAAAUAACUUUAACAAGAUGUUCACAGAACUCAUUACCAAUGUAUAUCAUUACCCUGGCUCCACUUUAGAAACAAUCUCCCAUCGUUUACAAAAAUACUCUCCAUCACUCUUAAAAGAAGCAGCUAUGAUCCUUCAACAAUUAGACUACCUUACAAUUAUGGAAUACGACUAUAAACCACCAACUCUUUUUACACCAUCCGAAUUUAUUACUAAACCAUUUAAUCCACUUAAUGAUGGCUGCACACAAUUAAUUUUUAAUUCAACCACAAAAUUUUUUAAUCUUCAAUCAGAUUUUUCAGUUUAUCUUUUAACUGAAGACUUUUAA